GUGUGGGACGAGGCGGGGACAGCAGGCAGGCGGGCGGGCAGCGUGCUGGUCGGGUUGGUGGACAGCUGAUUGUCCGUGUUAUUAACUGUGUUUGGGGGCGUUCCCACUCGCUUUGUAGACCACGCCUCCAUCACCUACUAGUUCUCUCCUGUUUGGCAUCCCAGAGAUGGUCCAAAGUGAUUCCUCAGGGAAGAAUAGAGCGCAAAUCACCCGAGCAGGAGCUGACGAGGAGCCGGAGCCGCCGUUGCCCAGGACUGCCUCUUAAUUGCGCGUAAUCUUCCCGUUUCAUUCAUCUGAACAGAGGAGAAGACUUUGUAAAUAAAGAGACGGAGCGAAGGAGGUUGAAAAGCGUUUCAUCUUCUUCUCACUGUGGACUGUUUGUUGAAAAAAAAUUGACAUUUUGCUUGUGUUUUUGUCAGCUGCACCUUGAUCCGGGGGACUGUCGCCAACUCAGUGCAGCCUCUCAUCCUGCGCUUCCCCUUUCAUCGCGCUCAACGUUGUUCAUCUUCACAGCUGCUGCUUCCCCCUUCUUUUUCUUGUGGAGUCGCUGACAUGAGGUGCAGCUAACCCUGGAUGCUGACAGCUCCCCUUUUUCCUUCCACAUGUCGCAUCUUUUGUUUACUUUGAGAAACACACGCGCAACUAAACGCCAAGUGAAAUAGACCACGCCACUUUGCUCCUCUGACAGCGCGAUCAAACAGACGCAAGAGGAGGAGAGGCAGAGGGAAAAAAGGAGGGAGCCGAGGAGAGGAGGAUAGAGAGAGAGAGGAGAGAGAGUGAGAGAGAGAUAGCGACAGUGUGAAGGUGCGUUUUGAUGUUUGGCAUCCACGAGAGCAUCCAGAGGAGUGGGAGUAGUAUGAAAGAAGAGCCCAUGGUGGCCGGGAUGAACGCGGUUCGGACAUGGAUGCAGGGCGCCGGAGUGCUGGACUCCAACACAGCCGCCCAGAGCGGAGUGGGUCUUGCUCGGGCACACUUCGAGAAACAGCCGCCCUCCAACCUUCGCAAGUCCAACUUCUUCCACUUCGUCCUGGCUUUAUACGACAGACAGGGUCAGCCGGUGGAAAUAGAGAGAACCACCUUCGUUGACUUUGUAGAGAAGGAAAAGGAAACGACGGGGGAAAAGACCAACAAUGGGAUCCAUUAUAGACUUCAGCUGCUCUACAGUAACGGGAUCAGGACAGAGCAGGACUUGUAUGUCCGUCUCAUUGACUCCAUGACUAAACAGGCGAUUGUCUAUGAGGGCCAGGAUAAAAACCCAGAAAUGUGUCGGGUCCUGCUGACCCACGAGAUCAUGUGCAGUCGAUGCUGUGAUAAGAAGAGUUGUGGCAACAGGAACGAGACCCCAUCAGACCCUGUCAUCAUCGACAGGUUCUUCCUCAAGUUCUUCCUGAAAUGUAACCAGAACUGCCUGAAGAAUGCAGGGAACCCUCGAGACAUGAGGCGUUUUCAGGUGGUGGUGUCAACUACGGUGAGUGUAGAGGGUCAUGUCCUGGCUGUUUCAGACAACAUGUUUGUGCACAACAACUCCAAACACGGGCGCCGAGCUCGAAGACUGGACCCCUCGGAAGGAACACCGUCCUACCUGGAACACGCGACCCCCAGCAUCAAAGCCAUCAGCCCCAGUGAAGGCUGGACCACAGGGGGCGCCACUGUCAUCAUCAUUGGGGACAACUUUUUUGAUGGCCUGCAGGUCAUUUUUGGAACAAUGCUGGUCUGGAGUGAGCUGAUCACCCCCCAUGCCAUUCGUGUGCAAACUCCACCUAGACACAUCCCCGGGGUGGUGGAGGUCACGCUGUCCUACAAAUCCAAACAGUUCUGCAAAGGCACACCUGGACGCUUCAUCUACACAGCGCUGAACGAGCCAACCAUAGACUACGGCUUCCAGAGGUUACAGAAGGUCAUCCCCAGACACCCCGGAGACCAAGAGAGAUUACCCAAGGAGGUGAUCUUAAAGAGAGCAGCAGACCUGGUGGAGGCCUUGUAUGGGAUGCCGCACAACAACCAGGAGAUGAUCUUGAAACGAGCAGCAGAUAUUGCAGAGGCCCUCUACACAACAGUGCCACGGGGGCACAACCAGCUAGCCGGCCUUGGCAGCGGCCCCGUCCAUGCUGGCAUGAUGGCUGUAAACUCCUUCACCGGGUCAGAGGUGGCACAAACAGCCAAUCAGGGUUUCAGUAGGAGUACGAGCAGCGUGUCCCCUCACGGUUAUGUCCCCAGCUCGACUCCCCAGCAGAGUAGCUACAGCUCUGUCUCCACUAGCAUGAACGGCUACGCUAACUCUGGCAUGGCAACCUUGGGCACCUCGCCCAACUUCCUCAAUGGAUCUGCAGGCAACUCGCCCUACGCUAUCGUCCCGUCAAGUCCCACCAUGGCCUCGUCGACCAGCCUGCCCUCCAACUGCAGCAGCUCCUCCGGCAUCUUCUCCUUCUCUCCAGCCAACAUGGUGUCCGCCGCCGUCAAGCAAAAGAGCGCCUUUGCCCCUGUCGUGCGACCCCAGAACUCCCCUCCCCCCACGUGCACCAGUGCUAAUGCUAACAGCCUGCAAGAUCAGUCUUUUGUGGACUCUAGCAAGUACUCAUCAAACAACUCUCUGCAGGGCCUGGCCUUCUCCUGAACGAUUCCCGGGAUGAUCGUUCCACCCAUGUAGAGGAUCUGGGAUAGCUGGAGAUUUGGGAAUGUUGAGAGGAAAAGACACAGUAGCAGAGUCUGGCGAGUCUCUGUUGUGCUCCGGAGCUGAACUGAAGGAAGUCAAGAUAAGACGCAGGACUCUGUUAAACUCAGGCCUUUCCAUUGGGAUUUCAUCUGAAGGGAUAGGGGAGGAGAGGAAAAAAAAAAAGGAACAAUACGAACCUUUGUGAUGUUAUUUCCCUCUUGGUUGAAUUAGUGUAGCUUCUCUGACACCGCGUUGGAUGGAGUGUAUAGAGACUGAUAGUUUACCCACAGCGUGACACUGACCUCAUGAAAAGAGCAUUUAUUUAUCUUUAUGUUUAUGCCUGUAAGGUUUGGGUUUGAUUACUGGAGGGCCCCCACACCGCCUUGCAAUCCAUAGCUCGCACAAACAACAGUCAAGUGUUGGGUCGGCCAUGAAGUUUACGUAACCUCUGUCACAAUAGAGGACGCUUUCCUUAGCUCAGCCUGCUUAUAAAAACCACAGAACAACACGUUGGCCAAAUGGGACUAAGGUCAACGACACACAAAAACAAAGAAAUACAGAAAAUCAACCCUCAACUUUGCUGCUAAUUUUCCCAUAAAUCUAAAAAUGGCAUAACAAAAUUGCCCAACAUCAGAACAUUUCUUUUUUUCCCCUGUUUGUUUUUUGUUUUGUUUUUGUUUGAAUUUUAAUAAAACUGUGAGGAUUGAGCUGUUUGCAAUAUGCUUUUCUGCUUGUCAUGUGAAGAAAGGUGAUGAUUUAGCCAAAAUUGACAUUUUGUCGGAGAUUUAAGUGAAGACUUGAAAAGCCAGAGGAUGUGUGCGUCCAGCCAGCACUGUACUGAAGGAGUCUAGCAAAUAUCAAAUUAGAAUAAAUGCGUGAUAUAUGUGAUAUAUUUUUGUAUAUAAAAAAGUUUUCAUUUGACGUUUCUUUUCUUUUUGCAAUAGCUAUAGUUUGAAAUGUAAACAUUAAAUGUCUUAAGGCAGCUUCUCAGUACAGAAGAUAGAUUUACUGUGUGUUGUCAAUAUCUCAUCUGCUAAACACAACAAAACAUGGAUUUGGAUACAAAAAGGGGAUUCCUGUAAAAUAUCCUAUAAAUAAUGUAUUUAUCCCUUGUAUUUGUACAUUGCCUCUCACCCUCGUUUAGUUGUGUUGUGUAAGUUUAAUACAGUAAGUGAACAUA